AUGGCAACCAAUGGACAUCUCCCCGAGUCGAAUAUAGAUGUGCUCAUCAUUGGCGCCGGUCCUGCGGGGUUGAUGACCGCGUGCUGGAUGGCACACUGCGGUGUCACGACCCGUAUCGUCGACAAGAGGAACACAAAGAUAUUCUGCGGCCAGGCCGACGGGUUGCAAUGCCGCAGUCUCGAAAUAUUCGACAGUCUAGGCUUCGCAGACAGGGCAUGGAAAGAAGCGAAUCAUAUGAUUGAGAUAUGCAUGUGGAACCCGGGCCCCGAUGGGGUGAUACGUCGUUCGGACCGUAUUCCGGACACCAUCGUUGGGCUGUCCCGGUUCACACAGAGCGUCAUACACCAGGGACGUGUCGAACGUUGGUUCCUCGACAAUAUCAAAAAGUACUCGAAGGACACUAUCGACGUUGAACGUGGAGUUCUUCCAGAGUCUCUAGAUAUUGAUAAAGAAAAGGUUGAGGACCCGUCCGCGCAUCCAGUCACCGUAAAGCUACGCCAUCUCAGCGACGAAGAAGCUACCCCAGAGCAGCAAAUAAAGGGAAGCAAGGUCUCCGACGGCCUGUUCCGAAGUAGCUUGAUCUACGAAGACGAUGAGGAAGAACUAAUUCGGAAGAGCAGCGCGCGAGCUGGAACUGCUGAGAUUGUCCACGCCAAAUAUGUCGUUGGAUGUGAUGGCGCGCGAAGCUGGACUAGGCGCGCGCUAGGCUUUGAGUUGCAAGGCGAAGCAACCGAUUUCAUUUGGGGUGUGCUGGAUAUCAUUCCUAUUACAGACUUCCCUGAUGUCCGAAUGCGAUGUGCGAUCCACUCGGCAGAGAACGGCAGUUUGAUGGUGAUUCCUCGAGAGAACAAAUUGGUGCGACUCUAUAUCCAGCUGAAAGAAGUCAUUCCGGAUGCCACCGGCCGUGCAGAUAGGUCGAAGAUCACCCCUGAACUCAUCUUGAGUGCUGCGCAAAAGAUACUCAGCCCCUAUAAGAUUGACUAUGAAUAUUGUGAUUGGUGGACCGCGUACCAGAUCGGUCAAAGAGUCGGUACGAACUUCGACGCUCACCAGCGCGUCUUCCUCGCCGGAGAUGCCGUGCAUACCCACUCCCCCAAGGCUGGUCAGGGCAUGAAUGUUUCCAUGCAGGACGCGUUCAACCUUGGCUGGAAAGUGGCCCUUGUCUCAAAGGGUAUUGCUAAGCGGAGCAUCCUGAGCACUUAUGAAGGCGAGCGACGCCGUGUGGCUCAGGAUCUCAUCGAUUUCGACCACCGCUUCAGCAGGCUCUUCUCAGGGAGACCCGCUAAGGACCUCAUGGAUGCUGAGGGUGUCAGCAUGGAAGAAUUUAAAGAGGCAUUCUUGAAGGGUAAUAUGUUCGCAUCUGGUCUAAGUGUCAACUAUGGGCCUAGCGUACUUGUCGCAAAGGCCGCUGAUGCAAUUGAAAACGGUGGACUGAAUGGAUCAUCCAGUGUGGGGAUCUCAGCCGACGCUUUCGCAAAGAAGCAGGCUCUUGCUCCUGGCCUGCCAAUUGGGAUGCGUUUCAACAGCGUCAAAGUGGUGAGCCAAGCUGACGCUCGGCCCUGGCAUAUCCAAGAGAAGCUGAAGUCUAAUGGUCGCUUCCGUGUUGUCCUCUUCGCGGGGAAUAUUCUUGAUGUCGAGCAAAGGAAGCGUGUAGAAAAAUUCUGCGAAGCGCUCGACUCACCCACCAGCUUCUUCCACACUGCUACUCCUUCCAGUGCGCCUUUGGAAAGUGUGGUUGAGGUGCUCACCGUCCAUUCGUCCAAGAGAACCGACACGGAGUUGUUGAGAGACUUCCCCGAAAUCCUUCACCCUUUUGACCCGCACGAUGGAUGGGACUAUGACAAAGUGUUCGCUGACGAUGAGACCUACCAUGAGGGCUUCGCCGAUGCCUACACAAAGUACGGUAUCGACAAAGAACGAGGGUGCGUGGUAGUAGCAAGGCCUGACCAGCACGUUGGUUGGAUUGGCGAAUUUGAGGACUUCGACGGUCUACAGAAGUACUUCGAGGGGUGUCUGGUACUCAGUCCUAAGGCAUAA